UGAGUUUGCCCAGCAAACUUGAACUUAUUCAUUCUUGUUGAGCCUUCCGAAAAGCGAACUCAUACCAUGCCUCUACCGAGGAACUUUGUCAGGACCGAAAUGCUAAAGUUUGGCGUAUAUAUCUUCUUCCCCAUUGGUGUACUGUACUUGUUCAACCGACCAGAACUUCAGGAGAUGUUGAGUCGAGAACAUCAACAAACGGUGGAGUCUUUCAAAACGCCCGAAGAGCAGCUCUUUAAACUCCCCAAAUCUAUGGAAGAAGUGCGGCAGGAGACUGCAAGAAUGCGGCAGCAUUUCAAAUCCAAAAGGGAAAGUUCCGAGACGAAUUCUUCAGCAUGAGAACGAUCGCUCAUGAGACUUUACGGAAGGCAAAGGCGAUAUACAAACCUAAAUAGCCAGUGAAAGCAGCGUCAGAACACGUAUUCGGCAUAGUGACUGCAUGGACUAGCAUGUACCCACCCGCUACCUCCCACUCAUCAGCGGAAAUUGUGCCUUCGUCAUUUACAACAUUCAUCCUAUAUAGCAGAUUUCGAUGCUGCUCAUUUUGCGAUUCCUCUUGGAAGAUUUCAUGGAAUGGUUUCUUAUAUUCUAGCUCUAAACCGUAUUCUAAAGCCAACCUGUACAGUACUUUGUUAAUAAUUAUUGGCACACUCAUUAUCGGCGGCUA